UGCUUUCAUUGCCAAAAUCUCCCUUCUCUCCACAAAAUAAUAGCCUGCUCUCUCCUCUUUCAUCUAUCCUCUCCAUAGCCUCCUUUCCUUAAUCACAGACUUGUCAUUUCUUCAUUCAAUCUGUGGUCGGUCAACCACCUUUUCUCCUCUCCUGUUCUCCCUCAGUUUUUUCAUGCUUACUCUUCUUCCUGUUCCUUGCUUGAUUUCAUGCUUCUUACCUCUUUCAGGGCUGCUCCUUGCUCAUCCUCGCAGCUGGAGGUCUGGCCUUCAUGUCUUAGGGUACCAAAUCCUUCUUUGAGGCUUGUUGCUGAUUCCAAUUUUUGUACUGUAAAAUGCUUUUCUAUUCACCAAACUAUCGUAUUCUGAUCUUCAAGUCAGAAUUUUCAGCCCAAUUAUCAAAUUUUGUUCUAUUUUUAAUAUUCAUCCAUUCUGCCCCUAAAACUCAACCCCAUCCCUCCAAUCC